GAAGAAGAAGAAGGUUGAACUGUCUGGUACGGUUUAGGCUCCAUUGCAUACCACUGUAUCUAUUGGCCCAAAUAUUUGGCCUUUUCACGGGAGAGCUCUCUCCUUUUUGCUUCUUUCACUUCCAUUCUGUUCUCAGAUCUCAUUCGCUGUUUGUUUCGAUUUGUCUUUCAAAUGAUUGUUUUAUAGAGAGCCUUGACUCUUACUCCAUCUCCAACCUCUCUCUCUCUCUCACUGUUUCUCAAUCUCAAAGAGUUCAAAGGAGCCACUGAUUCAGAGAUACCCAUCUGCAUUUCUCUCUAUAGACGCCAUUUUUGCGAGAUACCCAUCUGCAUUUUUUACUCAAGUAUUGUCAUAUAGAGAACUACCCAUUUGCCUAAACAAUGAGUUUUCACGCACCCAGAACUUCAAAACCCACGAAACCCCCUAACCAGUCAAGCUCAACUCCACAGCAAUCUUCUUCCAUGAGAUCUUCUACUUCGUCUUCUCUCUCAACCCAUCUCGCAAUGGUUGAGCUCAAGCAAAGGAUUCUUACUUCUCUCUCUAAGCUUUCUGACCGUGACACUUACCAAAUCGCCGUCGAAGACCUCGAGAAGAUCAUCCAAACUCUCUCCCCUGAGGGUAUCCCAAUGCUUCUUAAUUGUCUCUACGAAGCCUCCUCUGACCCAAAACCCGCCGUCAAGAAAGAGUCCCUGAGGCUCCUCGCCGUCGUUUGUGCCUCCCAUGGUGAUUCCACAUCAACCCACUUGACCAAAAUCAUUGCGCACAUAGUCAAAAGGCUCAAGGAUUCAGAUUCGGCCGUCAAAGAUGCGUGUCGCGAGACUAUUGGUGCAUUGUCGGCGCAGUACUUGAAGGGUGAAAAUGGCAAUGGUGAUAAUGGGGGUCUGGGGUCUGUGGUGGCUUUGUUUGUGAAGCCUUUGUUUGAAGCAAUGGGGGAGCAGAACAAAGGGGUGCAAUCUGGUGCGGCAAUGUGCAUGGCUAAGAUGGUGGAAUGCGCCUCGGACCCGCCUGUGGUGGCAUUUCAGAAGCUGUGCUCUAGGAUCUGCAAAAUGCUUAACAAUCCUAACUUUCAGGCCAAAGCGGCACUUUUGCCUGUCGUUUCAAGCUUGUCUCAGGUAAGAGCCAUUGCCCCACAGAGCUUGGAUAAUCUGUUGCAAUGCAUUCACGAAUGCCUUGGGAGUUCGGAUUGGGCAACACGUAAAGCGGCGGCUGAGGCAUUGAUUGCUUUAGCAUUGCAUUCAAGCAACUUAGUUACAGAUGGCGCUGCUUCCACACUGACCAUGCUUGAAGCUUGUCGUUUUGACAAGAUAAAACCUGUCAGAGAUAGCAUGACAGAGGCAUUGCAAUUGUGGAAAAAGAUUGCAGGGAAAGGAGAAGUUGGAGCUCCAGAGGACAAGAAAUCUUCAAAUUCUGAAAAUCAUCAGCCCACUGAAAUGUCAGAAAAAGACGAGACAAAAAAUUCGAAGGGUGAGAAAAAGGACUCGUUGGCAAAGGAUUCAUCUAAUAGUUCAUCCCCUAAUUCCAAAGGGGGGAGUAUUUCAGACAAGGCAGUUGUAAUAUUGAAGAAGAAAGCGCCUGUCUUAACUGACAAAGAGUUAAACCCAGAGUUUUUUCACAAACUAGAAACACGAUGUGGUGAUUUGCCUGUUGAAGUGGUUGUUCCUCGUAGGUAUCCGAACAUUUCGAACUCAAAUAAUGAGGAAGAAUCAGAGCAAAACAAUACAGAUUCCAAGGAUAGACCAAAUCGCAUUGGAAAUGUUCAGUCUGAUGAUUCUCAUGGAACAUUCAAUAGUAAAUAUCGUAACAUAGAAAGAGUUAAUGAUUUAAAUCAAAGAGAAUCAUCUGGUAAUCAUGUGGGCUUCUCUAAGACUGAGGACCAAUCUGAAGCUUCCUUCAUAAACAAUAAAGGAAAUUGGUUGGCUAUCCAAAGGCAGUUACUACAGCUGGAGAGGCAACAAUCUCUUCUGAUGAAUAUGCUGCAGGAUUUCAUGGGUGGUUCGCAUGAUAGCAUGAUAACUCUUGAGAACAGAGUAAGGGGGCUCGAGAGAAUUGUUGAGGACAUGGCAAGGGAUCUGUCAAUAUCAUCAGGUAGGAGAGGAGGUAACUUUGCAAUGGGAUUUGAUGGAUCUAAUAGGCCUUUAGGCAAGUAUAAUGGAUUCUCUGAAUACUCAAGUGUGAAGUUUGGUAGGAGUGGGGAUGGGCGGAUGCCUUUUGUGGAAAGAUUUGCCCAAACUGAUGGAAUUGCUUCAGGCAUGCGUGGACGAGGUCCUCAUUGGAGAACAGACGCACCUGAGGCUUGGGAUUUUCCAACUUACGGUGCUUCCAGGAAUGGGCAGAUUGGUUCAAGGAGAACUCUAGCUGGUGGUUCUCCCAAGGCAGAACAGGAGAGCGAUCAGGGUCCCAGCCGGAGGGGUUGGGAUAAGGGGGCUGGACCAGUUAGGCUGGGUGAGGGACCUUCAGCUAGAAGUGUCUGGCGAGCUUCAAAGGAUGAGGCAACCUUAGAAGCAAUUCGGGUGGCUGGAGAAGACAAUGGACAUGGAAGAUCUCGUACAGCCAGAGUUGCUAUCCCUGAAUUGACUGCAGAGGCUAUGGGAGAUGAUAAUGUUGAGCAAGAACGGGACCCAGUCUGGACUUCUUGGACUAAUGCAAUGGAUGCUCUUCAUGCUGGUGACAUGGAUUCAGCAUAUGCUGAAAUGUUGUCUACUGGGGAUGACAUCUUACUUGUAAAGUUAAUGGACAGAUCUGGUCCUGUGGUUGACCAACUCUCCAAUGAAAUAGCAAGUGAGGUCCUGCAUGCUAUUACGCAAUUUUUACCAGAGCAGAACUUGUUUGACAUAUGUUUGUCCUGGAUUCAACAGUUGACAGAAAUAGUAUUAGAACAUGGGCCAGAUAUCUUGGGUAUUCCCAUGGAAGUGAAGAAAGAGCUUUUAUUGAACUUACAUGAAGCUUUGUUGACAAUGGAUACACCAGAGGACUGGGAAGGUGCAAUGCCUGACCAGAUUGUGAUGCAGCUAGCAUCAGCCUGGGGAAUUGAUCUACAACAGCAUGAGAAAUAGUUCCUAGCCAGCUUGAUGAAAUAUUUGUAUACCCUUUUUCCUCUAUUUUUUUUUUACGCGGUGAUUUGAGUAUCAUGUACUUUUACACAAGCUGCAGAAAGUGGCUUUUCCAAUAUUUCUCUUAACUUUUGAGCUUCUGUGUUCAUAAUGUGCAUUACUGAUGUGGUUGAUCAAAAUUGGAAAUGAAUGUAUAUUUUUUUUGCCUUGUACUUUGUGAAAGAUGUAUAAUGUUGCCUAAAAGAAUUGCUAAUGAAUUAUGAUCGCUGGUUAUUUAGACCACCGGUCGGUUUGAUGAUAAUU